UAAAAGAGCAGGGACCCUGCACAGUCUGAGAGCAGCAGCAGAGACAGAAAGAGAGAGAAAAUAAAGGAGGGAAGGAAGAGAAGCAGGAUCCUUCUGCAUUGUAUGGAUUGCCUAUUGGAACAAGGAGGGGCAUGUAGAGGGAGGGACAUUGGAGAUUCCUAUCAGUGUGUUUGCGAGAGCAGGAGAGAGAAACGCAGAGUGUGAGGGUGUGUGUGUGUGUGUGUGUGUGUGAGGGAUUGGACUCGUUGGACCUGUGCGACGGUGUCUCUAUCGGAAGGCUUCAGAGGCAGUCGGGGAGCUGUUUGAGCAGUGACUCGCCUCAGCGCCUCCUCUGUGCCGGUGCUCUGUUGUCAUGCUCAACGCCUGAUGCGCUCAGAGGACACAGGCUGCCCGGGAGACAGCAAGAGGGGCGUGAUGGCCGGACGCGCCCUGACUCGGUCAUGCAUCUCCAGAUAUCCGCCCGAGCUUCUGUUGGCUUCUCCUCCUGAUCCCCUUCAGCCCUCAUCGAUGUCCUUCCUGUGCGUCUCCGAGAGGCUGCCCGCCUUCCUGCUGCCGCGCUCCCUGAAUGGAUGCUGCUGUCAACACACAUGUGUGGCUUGCGGUGAGAGCCCAUGAUCUGGACUGGACUGCGUAACAGAGCUCUGGGUGUACAGUGCCAUGCUGCUUUAGGGUGACACUGAUGCAUUUUUAAAGACUUCACCUUUUCAGGUUACAGCUGCUGUUGAUCACAUUCUUGAUGACGUAUGAUGCGGGGAAGUUGUUAUUCUGAAUUGAAUCAAGAUUUUUUCUUUUUUUUGCUCUGAGUGAAGAGGAUUGACUGAGCAACACAUGAGAUGGGGGUGCUGCACAUAGAAAUAAGGUCAAAUAAAUAAUUACCAUCAGGAGUGAGGCAUCAGACAUCAUAAUGAAGAUUUAUUUGCCUCAGUGGCUGCAUACAUAUGCAGUGGAUAGGUUUUAAUUGGGUGUUUGCUAGGAACAAAAGAGCUGAUUGGACUGCACUGUCAGUGUGCUGAAGGUUGUCUGAAGAGUGGAUUUCUUUUCUGUGUCCCAGAGAAAUUAAAAUUGCAGUGAGAGAAGAAAUCCGUGACUGAAAUUAAAAUCCGAAACAAAGAAAUAGGGAUUUGGGGGAUGGAUGAAACCAACAGCCCCUCUGCUGUUGUGUCUUCCAAGGAGAAACUUAAUCUCCCUCCAUGUAAGUUUUUUGUCACAGUCGCGCUGUCAGAUUCUUUCACAUCCCAACACGCUGGCAAACUGUCAGUUGCUCAUCUCGCUCUGUCUGGUUUCAUUCAUCUACUGUGUGUCUACUGAAGCCUGACCACAUGAGCGGAGGCGGCGCCCUGCAGCAACGCACCACCUACCUCAUCUCCCUCACCCUGGUCAAGGUAGAGGCUGUGGAGGAGAAUGGAGGGGAGGCCAAGAAGAGUGCCCAGGGGAAGGAGGUGGAGGCCGGGCCAGGAGGAGACGAGGCCAGGGCGGGAGUGGAGGCUGAAGGUGAAGCUCCUGCCCAGACUGAGAAUGGAGCCGGAGUGGAUUUAGGACAAACACAAAGGGCCGAGGAUGCUGCUAUUUUGAAAGAGGGGGAGCUAAUUAAUGAACUCAAAGAUGGAGAAAGAAAACCCCUCAGUCCCCUGAAAGAUAAACCGCCCUCCACUGCUGUUGUCCCGAGUCCAGCGAGCGAGAAGCCACCGUGCAACCUCUCAAUCCCCUUACCUGCUGAGAGAGUGACGAUUCAGAAGUCUGCAGAGAUCGAUUCAACACGAGUCGAGAAGACACUUCCCACCCCAGAGGCAAAGCAAUGCACGUCCCCAUCACUGACCACAACACCCCCGACAGAGGUGAUCGAGCCCAGCCGCACCCCAACCAGGACCAGCCUCCCUAUCCGCCCAGUGGGCCAGCGUCCUGUGAGUCUGCUGAAGUCCCACAGCAGUGCGGCCACCCGCGGUCGCGACACCAGGGAGGGUAGAGAGCGCAGCCCUACCUCGGCACAGAGCCUCGACCGCAAGGACUGUCGCAUGCCGACGCGCUCACCGGGCCCCUGCAGGGCCUCGUGGGCCGAGGCGAGCAGGCCCGAUGGGUGGAGGGACCUGCGGGAUGAGGCCCAAGCUGGAAUACCUCUGGAGAUUGGAGGUGGCAUGGCUGCAGUGAUGAGAGACAUGCCCAGGAAGGACAGACUAAAGACAGGUUCGGCCUCCCUACCGGCGCCCCCUACACAGGCCUCCAAACCGGCACGCAAAGGUAAAAGCCGCACGCUGGAUAACAGUGACCUGAACAGCCUCUCUGAAGACCUGGGGCUGGCCAGGGAAGCCCAGCAGGCGCAGCAGGGCCAGCGAGGCUCCGCCAAAGACAGGAAGAUGCUCAAGUUCAUCAGUGGCAUUUUCACAAAGAGCAGUUCGGGGGCAGCGGGGUCAUCCUCCACAGCGCCUCCUGUCUACAUACAGAGAGACUCCAGUGAGGAGGAAGUAAGUAUUGCCAACACCCAGGAGUGGACGCUGAGCAGAUCCAUCCCAGAGCUGAGACUGGGCAUUCUGGGAAGUCAAAAAAGUGGCAAGUCAGCGCUGGUGAACAAAUACAUCACAGGCAGUUAUGCUGCGGUCGAGAAGCCGGAUGGUGGCAGGUAUAAAAAGGAAGUGGUGGUGGACGGGCAGAGUAAUUUAUUACUGAUCCGGGAAGAAGCUGGUCCACCUGAUGCACAGUUCUGCAGCUGGGUUGAUGCAGUGAUCCUGGUCUUCAGUCUGGAGAACGAGGCCAGCUUCCAGGAGCUCUACCAGCUCUACAGCCAGCUGAGUGCACACCGCACAGACAUCCCAGUCAUAGUGGUCGGCACCCAAGAUAAAAUCAGUAGCACCAACCCCCGUGUGAUUGAGGAUCAGAGAGCCAGACAGCUGUGCAUCGAUGUGCGUCACUCGCUGUUCUACGAGACCUGUGCCACCUACGGGUUCAACGUUGACCGAGUGUUUUCAGAGGCUGCCCAGAAGAUUGUAACUCAGAGGAAGCAGGCGGCGCUGCAGGCCUGCAAGUCUCUUCCCAACUCUCCCAGUCACUCUGGAGGCUCCACGCCUGGAUCCGCAUCGUUCCCCGGCCAGGCCAGUAACGGCCAGAAUAGCGGCUACACCUGCUCCCUCCCCUCCACCCCUGUGGUCGGUCACAGAGAGCUGCGCAUUGCAACGGGAGAGGGGGGAGGCAGUGUUAACCGUGCUCUGAAGACCAUCCCCAGACGGCCCUCCCUCUUCAAGAACCGGGACCCGGAUAAGAAGGCGGGCGACGGCAAAGGAGACCUGAGUGGCGCGCGGGGCGUUCCCAUCAAACAGAGCAUCCUGUGGAAGAGAAGUGGGAGCUCGCUGAAUAAGGAGUGGAAGAAGAAAUACGUCACCCUGUCCAACAAUGGCACGCUGUCUUACCACUCCAGCUCCAGUGACUACAAUCAGAAUAUCCACGGAAAGGAAAUCGACCUCCUGCGCGUCACGGUUAAAGUUCCCGGGAAACGUCCUCCGAGAGCCGUCGCCCCCGCGGGCCCCUCACCCGUCCCCCCCGGCUCCGUGCCUGGAGUCAACGGGCUGAGUAAGGAGCUGACAGCCGCUGAUAACACCAGUACAGUUCCUCAGCUGUGUCCAGCCACCCUCUCCGUGGUUGAAGACCGGUCUGGUGGUUUGUCGCCUCAGGGAGGAGAGAGAGGACUUCAACGCUGCGCCUCCUCGUUGUCCACCAAAGCACAAAGUGUCGAUGCACUUGAAGGAGCCGCCAGUCCUUUCUCUGGAAAAGACCCCGGUCAGGCAUCUCCCAUGAGCGACAGGAAGAAGAACAGGAGGAAGAAGAGCAUGAAUCAGAAAGGAGAUGCAGCCGUUGGGCAGGCUGAAGCCAAACGCAAAAUGUGGAAAUUAAAGAGCUUUGGUAGCUUGAGAAACAUUAAUAAGACAGACGAGGAGAAUUCAGACUUUAUCAUCGUGUCGUUCACCGGGCAGACGUGGCACUUCGAGGCUCCGAGCCUGGAGGAGAGAGACUCGUGGGUGACGGCUAUAGAGAGUCAGAUCCUGGCCAGCCUGCAGUCCUGUGAGAGCGGCCGGAACAAGGCUCGGCGGAGCAGUCAGAGUGAAGCCGUAGCACUGCAGGCCCUCCGCAACGCCAAGGGCAAUGGCCUCUGUGUCGACUGUGAAGCGCCAAAUCCAACCUGGGCCAGCCUCAACCUGGGCGCGCUGAUCUGCAUCGAGUGCUCGGGGAUCCAUCGUAACCUGGGGACUCACCUGUCUCGCGUUCGCUCGCUGGACCUGGACGACUGGCCCGGAGAGCUCACGCAAGUCCUGGCCGCCAUCGGAAACCACAUGGCCAACAGCAUCUGGGAGAGCUGCACCCAGGGGAGGACCAAACCCUCGCCUAAUGCGACCCGUGAGGAGAGAGAGUCGUGGAUUCGUGCGAAGUAUGAACAGCGGGCGUUUGUGGCGACCCUCCAGCCGCCUCCGGGGCCACAGCUUCCAGAGGACAGUAUGCCGGUGUGGCUGCUCUCCGCGGUGACUGAGCGAGAUCUGCCCAGACUGCUGCUCCUCCUGGCCCACAGCACCAAGGACCAGAUCAACGCUCAACUGGCCGGGUCGACCUCACUGCCACGCACGGCCCUGCACGCUGCUUGUCAGCUGGGAGAUGUAGUCAUGACCCAGCUGCUCGUCUGGUACGGAAUCGAUGUGAAAGCAAAAGACAACCAAGGGCAGACGGCCAUGAAGCUGGCCAGAAAAACAGGGAGCAAAGGCUGCAUCGAUAUUUUACUCCAACACGGCUGUCCCAACGAGACGUCCCCGCCCACUGCCACGCCCGUCCUCGCCCGCCGGUCCAGCACUGCCAGCCUGGGCCGAACCAGCUCCAGGAAGCGGUUGACAUAGCGCGAGCCGAGGCCGCUACCUACGGAGGAGCUGGUGCGACGUGCUGGAGGAUGCUUAUUGUUUAGAAAAACCUUUUAAAACAUGGACACAGCAGGACUUUGGAGAGGGUGACAGGACUUUAUCAUAGUAUUAGGAUUUAAAAAAAUAAAAUAAAAUAGUUUCUGAAGACUGAACAACAUAUCAAACAACUUAAAAGCAAUAUUCAUUCAAUUUGUUGACAGAUAUAUUGCUGAAAUACUGUGUUGUUGUUGACCUCAUUUUAAAAUGACUCAAGUAGAACUUUGUAGCCGUCUUCUGUAAUUUUAGAGCAGACGCUCCGACUGCUUCUGUUUUCACUUCCUCCAGGAGAAGUGCAAUAAUCCAGCUAUGAUGACGAGAAAAAAAAAGCAACAAGAGUUUCAGAGUGUGGGAUGACUGUACGGUCUCUGCUGUGAGAGAAUCAAUACAACGAGAGGGUGCUGCUUUUAUUCCAAUUAGUUGUGACUGGACCAAAAACGGCGAUUAUUUUUUCUUUAGGCUUUUACGAAUAAAACCUACAGUAUGUCAUGUUGUUAGUUGUGUGUGCCUGUCGCAGCAGUAUAAAGGUCAGUUUUGACGAUAUAAACUUUUUUCAGUGACGAAUCUCGCUGAAAUAAUCCUGCUUAGACUAGAAAAAUGAAUGGUUUGGAAUAUGUCAGUGUUAACUCUCACAGGUCAAAGAUAUGGCGUUUUAUUAUACUGUAAAUGUAACUAUACUACAUACUUAAUGUUAAACUGUAACAAAGACACAACUGAAAGAUCAAAGAUUCAAUUUUGUAAAUGAUUUCUACUGGUAGUUUUGACAAUAUGUCGCGUUUGUUUUGUUUUCAUUGUCUCUUAUAAUUUCGUAUUCUCCUACAUAAAAGCGUAGACCAGUAAACAAACGCAUUUUACGUAUGUACACAUGUGGCCAUUGUUUAAAAGGUUUAUUUGGGGAUGGCCAGAUGACGGCAUAAAGACAUUAUUCUCAUUCAUAUUACUGUUGUGUAGGUCUAUCCCAUGAGUUUACAGUGAAGUAUGAAGAGUUGCAGAUAGUCAUUGUUACUUCUGACACUUUGUGGGUUGUGUGAAUCCUUCAUGAUUUAAAAGAAAUGGUUACCGGAAAUAAAUAAACUUUUUUUAAUUAGCAUUA